AUGGUAGCCCCUGUGGAUAACUUUAAUUUAGAGCAUUCACUUGACGUAGACCACAUUAAUUCGUCUGAUGAAGAACUACUUCAGACCACUCAAGAAUUUGAAGCAGGCAAUGUUCAAUCAACUGAAGAAGAGAGCAGAGUAGAGCAGAGUAUCCCCCAUUCACCAAUUAAAUGUUCGACAACAGGCGGCAAAGAACACCACUCGUUAAAAAUCGGCGAAAAAUCAAAUUUCAGCAUCAUACUACGGAAUGGUGUAAAACAUUUAAUAUAUAGUGAAGGACUGUCAAAGACGAAUAAUAGCGGAUUUUUACACAGAGAUCUGACACCGAAAACUGUCGAAAUUGGACCAAACCAAGAAAAACCAACCAGAUGUCUUGUUCGGUUAUACGAAAAACCAAAAACCUGCAAUGCCUAUUACGUUCGACCAUUGAAGUAUCCUAAACGAGAUACUUGGUACUGUGCUGUGCUAGUAGGACGCCAUACCCUCUUUGGGGUUGUGAAGAGAUUGUGUGCCAACGCUGGUUUUAAUGGCUUCUAUACGAACCAUUCACUACGAGCUACCACUAGACUGUAUGAUUCUGGAAUAGACGAACAGUUAAUAGCCGAAAGAACGGGCCACAGAUCGACUAUACGGGGGUACAAGAGAACCAGUACAGAGCUAUUGAAAGUAGUAGAUGAUGUUGUCCAGGGAAAAAAGACUAGAAAAUCCGCACCAACUAAAAAAAACUGCAAAUGGAUAAAACUGAACCCGUUAAACUGA